GCAGCACAGCAGUCGGUUGUCGGUGAGUCGGUGUUUCGACAGUCGUUUACUACCCGUCCGGCAUUGCGGUCGUCGCGUCCAGUUUUUUUCUUCGGUGCACCUGUUCCUCCCUCACACGGUUACGGGUUCCGUCUUUUGUCCGUUUUCUUUUUGGCGCCAUCCCGUCAUUGUACCGAGUCGGUUUUCGUCACGUACCCCCACGGAUCCUCCCCUUUUGACCGUACAGUAAUAAUUAUUAAUCGACCGUACCCAGUGCACGUGGUGAAUACAGUACGUUUUUAAUUAAUAAACAUACCUGCCUACCUGCAUCAAAAACGAACAGCGCACGCCCUAGCUGACCAUCCGUCGGAAUCAGAAUAAAGAAGUUUGCUAAAAAUAAAACGCCUAACAGUUUCCGCACAUUUCUACAGUUUGACAUGGUAGUAGUGUCUGUGGAAAUCUGAGUGAUUACGGGGACUACGGGGACAUGUCGACAACCAGUGGCGGUGAUACUAAUUACAUGCAAGAGAACUCGGUGACUACUUUAUACGACGGUGAUAAAACGGUUGUCAACCAUAGAGUGUCACCACCUUCUUCGUCCCAUGCCGACAGUGGUUUAGAUAAUUCUUACCCAGAAUCAUCCGCUGGUGACGCUAAACUCAUUAUAGACGUGCCCGACUUUUCCACAGAAAUGGAAACACCUCGCACGGGUAUUGAUAACCCGAGCUUUGAGACUGAUAAAACUGAUGUACCAAAACCUAUAACUAACGGGCACAAUGGAACCGUUAAUCAAGAAAAGGAUAAAAUGGCUGAAGCUGUGAAUUUAGAAUUAAUUAAUAUGAAACCAUUUGCUAAAAGCAUUAAUGGCAAAGAAAACGGAGUUCCCAAGAAAAAAAAAGAAACUGCUGUUAAUAUGAAUGAUACGUACGAUGACUAUUUUAUCCCUGUGAAUGAACACAAAAAAUACAUUAGGGGUGGAGAAAAACUGUAUGUAACCAAAGAUAAACGAGAUAUGAAUCAAUCUAAAAAACCAUUUAUGUGUUGGGUGUUUGGUUUAGUCUUAUUGGCUGCUGCCGUCAUUAUCGCAAUUUUAGCAUCAACUGGUGUAAUAUUUAAUAACGAAAGCGCAGUAGAGAGUAGGAAUUUCAUGGAGAAUGAAAAAAUCGCCGGUUUUGGUAAUCACCAUGGACAUUUCUCAUCAGUCAGCCCACCUCCUAGUAUAGAUAGUUCAAGUCCAUUCAGCCCUCCAACCACUGAUAUGUCAGGAGUGUACCUUCCUAGAACCGUACAAGGUGAAAUUGUUAUUGACAAUAUGCAGUUUAAUUCUGACUUAGCAAACAAAUCAUCUGCAGAAUUCAUAUCAUUAGCUAGUUCAAUCGAAACCGAGCUAAAAAAUGCUCUUUUUAAAAACCAACCAUUAAAUAGUGUAACUGAUGAUAUACAUAUUAAAGUCUUUGAAUUUUCUUCUGGAAGUGUAGUAGCUAAAUAUAGAAUAGGCUGGGAAUAUAAAGAUGACAGUGAACCACAGGAUCUCAUUGAUGCAGCUACUCUUUACACUCGAUUGGAUAGUUAUUUACGAGAAUCUAAUGGAUAUUUAUACAAUUAUAGAGUUCCUAUCCAUAGAUUGCGCUCAGAUCCUGUUUUGGAUAGAUGCAAAAUAAAUAACGGAAAAUGUUCCCAUUAUUGUUCUUACGAUUAUACAAGUUUAGAUUUUGUAUGUUCAUGUCCGUCUGAACUCACCAUAAGUGAGAAUAUGAAAGACUGCAAACGAAUUGAUGUUAAUAAUGAUGAUAUAGAUGAUAUUAACAUUCAUGAUAAUAAGCAUGACGAAGAUAGCUUUGACACCAAGUCCGAAUAUGAUUCAUUUCCAGAACUUGAACCUAGUUCGGUACCUGAAUCAAAGGCAGAGCCUGAAUCAAGGGCAGAACCUGAACCAAGUUCAAAACCCGAACCUGAGCCUGAACCUAAUCCAGAACCUGAAGUGAUAGCUGAACCAGAGCCUAGUUCAAAAUCAAAAACAGAAUCUGAACCGGAGCCAAGUGCCGUGCCCGAAGUAGAACCUGAACCAAGUUCCGAACCUGAAAUCAUUGCAGAAUUGAAGCCUAGUACAGAACCCGAAGUAAAAACAGAACCAGAGCCAAGUUCGGUGUCUGAAGUCAAAUCUGAACCAGAACCUAGUUCAGAACCAGAAGUAAAAGCUGAACCGGAACCAAAUUCAGUAUCUGAAGUUAAAGCUGAACCUGAGCCAAGUUCGGUAUCUGAAGUCAAAUCUGAACCAGAGCCAAGUUUAAUAUCCGAAGUCAAACCCGAACCUGAAUCUACUUCAGAAUCAGAAGUAAAAGCAGAACCAGAGCCAAGUGCAGUACUUGAAGUCAAACCCGAACCUGAACCUACUUCUGAAUCAGAAGUAAAAGCAGAACCAGAGCCAAGUUUAAUACCUGAAGUCAAAUCUGAACCAGAACCUAGUUCAGAACCAGAAGUAAAAGCUGAACCGGAACCAAAUUCAGUAUCUGAAGUUAAAGCUGAACCUGAGCCUAGUUCAAAACCUGAAGUCAAAUCUGAACCAGAGCCAAGUUUAAUACCUGAAGUCAAACCUGAACCUACUUCAAAAUCAGAGCCUAGUUCAGAACCAAAUGUAAAUGCAGAACCAGAGCCUAGUUCAGAACCAAAUGUAAAUGCAGAGCCAGAGCCUAGUUCAGAACCAGAAGUCAAAGCAGAACCGAAAGUAAAAGGAUCGGAAAUUAUCACAAAAAUUGAACCUGAUACUAAACCGGAACCAGUACCUAGUGCAGAGCCAGAUUCGAAAAGUUCUAUUGACAACUUUGAAUCGUUGUCAGAUGUCGACAUUAGUUCUGAAUCAGAUACUGUUGAACAAAAUAACCCGUCUUUAAGUUCUUCAUCAGAAAAAUCAAUUUUAAAUAUUGAUCCAUCUGAUAGAGAAGCAAAAUCCCAUUCAGAUGAAGUAUUCAGUCAUGAAAUCAAACCAGAAGUUACUUAUAGUGUAUCAACAGAGACUGAAUUUGAAGCAAAAACCGAGUCAGCAUCUAAAGAGAAUUCUAAACCCAAAGAAAGUUCUGGAUUAUUAGGUGAUAUUGAUUUGAAUGAUUCAGAGGAAUCCACUAUACCUCCAUCGAUAACCGAAAACUGGUUGACUACUACCUCAUCUAGUAUUCAAGGCAUUCCUAAAUUACCUAGUGAUCUGGAAGUAACUGAAAAGGAAAAUGAAUCUACAGAAGAUAAAAUGAAGACAGAAGCUUUAGGUUUUGAACAAAUGGAAUUGAAAUCUGAAAAUAAAUCUACCAUUAUUGAUUUAAUAUCAGAAUCCAACAGUAAAAAUCCAGUUGAAGAAAUAACCGAAAUGCCAGAAAUAACUACUUUAGAUAACGUAAAAGAUUUAUCAAGUGUAGUUACAGUUUCAACCAUUGAUGCAAGUUCAACUAUCAAAGAAGAUAUGAAUUUACCUAUGAAAGAAAUGGAAAAUAUUACAAAUGAACAUGUUACAGAAUACAUUGAUAUGACCACUAUGCCUUCAACAAUAGAUCAAGAACUAAUUAAGCCAUUGCAUGGUUCAGCAGAUCCAAAUUCCUUAGAAAAAAAACAAUCAGAUGAUUUGACAACUUUAGAAAAAACUAGUAUACCCGAUCCAACUAAAAAAUUACAGUCUUUAACAUCCUUGGAAGAUCAGAUAACUAAUUCACCUAUUAUUGAAGUUUUAAGUACAUCUACACAAAGUAGUAUUGAUAAUUUCAACGAAAAUAGUUCUCCUGAUGAAAAAGAUCCAAUUGAUCAAAUUAUAACACACUCAAAUGAAUCAAACAUAUCAGAUGUUAAUGAAGAUGAUAAUAUGAGUGCAUUAGAUUUAUACCAAAAACCAGAAUCGAAAAAAAAAGACAAGAAGACUUCCAAAAAUCCUGAAUUUUAUUUAUCUGAUAGUGGAUUUACAAAAAGAAAUAAAACAAAAACAGAAAAAGAAAACAAAAAAAAUAAUAAAUCUGAUGUCAUGGAUAUGAUGCCAGAAUUAUUAAAUUCCAACAAAUGUGAAGAAGGACAAUUCCAGUGUAUAAAUGGUACAACCAAAGAUGGUUCAUAUUGUAUAAAAAUGUCAUCAAGAUGUGAUACCAAUAAAGAUUGUACUGAUAACUCAGAUGAACAUGAAUGUGCUGAAAAUGCUUGUUCUGGGAAUUUCCAGUGUAAAAGUGGAGAAUGUCUACAAAGAAAUCUGGUUUGUAAUAAUAUAAUGGAUUGUGAAGAUGGCAGUGAUGAACAAUCUUGUGAUUUAUGGAAGUGUGCCGAUGAUGAAAAACAAUGUACUGGUGGUCAAUGUUUACCAGAGUCAUACUUUUGUGAUGGAAAAUCUGAUUGUAAUGACCAUUCAGAUGAGCUACAAUGCAAUAGUACUUGUAAUGGGUAUCAAUGUUCUAACAGCCAUUGCAUAUCGAGUACUUUGCGAUGCAAUGGAGUAAAUGAUUGUACUGGAGGAGAAGACGAACUAAAUUGUGAAUGUAAUUCCAAUGAAUUUAAAUGUAAUACGGGCUCAGAAUGUAUUCCAAAAACCCAAGUUUGUGACAAUGUACCACAGUGCACAGACCAAAGUGAUGAAUGGCAGUGUGUUCAACUUGAUGGUGUUCAACUUUUUGCAAAAAAAGAAAGCGAAAUAGCCAUGAAAGUAUGCAGUAAUGAUUGGUCAGAAACGUGGAGUAACUUUGUAUGUCAAAGUCUUGGAUUUACUGAAACAAAAACAACUAACUUCCGACCAAGUGAAAACUCUACUGAAAACUUAGUAGGCUACCUUAAGUUGAAACAGAAUGCAACUUUAAAUAGUUCUAAGAGCUUAACGGGAUAUCUUGAACCAGAACUGACUUCUUGUGAGACUGUGGAAAUUAAAUGUUCUUCUAAGCACUUGUGUGGAGAUUUUGGAGGCAAAGAUCCACUAUCAAUGGAAAUGUGGCCUUCUGUUGUCUAUCUUCAUAACACAAAAACCCAUAAGUCGUGUACAUCUAGUCUUGUAAAAAGAAAUUGGAUAUUAUCAUCUUAUAGUUGUGUACAUUCCAUUGAUGAAUCUCUAUCGCCUGAACAAUGGGAAGCAGUCUCAAGCAAAUCUCGAGUAGCCAAUGAACAGAACUUAACAAAAAGAUCAGUUUCUAGGAUAAUUAGUCACCCUGGAGUAAAAUUCGAGAAAUUACGCUAUUUCAAUGACUCAGUAUUAGUAGAACUUAGUAUGCCAUAUGAUUUAUCAGAAGAAGUCAAUACAAUUUGUUUACCUGAAAAAGUUGUUGAUAACAAACAACCAUGUGUCACUGCCAGUUGGUCAUAUGAGUCUCCAGGAGUUUUCAAACAGUUUUCUCGCUCUUUAUCUGAACCAUUAAUGCAAACAGAUUUGUGCAACUCAACAAAACACUUCAAUGGUUUCCUAACAGAACAGGACAUUUGUGUUGCUUCGGGAGAAAUGGAAGCCAGUAAUAUGGAAAUUGGAUCACCAUUAAUGUGUUUGGCUGAGAAUGGAUUAUGGCAAGUACAAGGUAUGCUCAGUUACCGGGGUGGUUACGGUCGGUCAUCAAAACCAUCGCUUUACAACGCGAUUGUAGAAUCUGUACCGUGGGUAGAGAACACAAUAGCAUCUGGUGUCUAACAUGUUCUCUUGGACAAUUUCCCCUCAUGGGUCUAAAUGAUUAAUAUUUUAGAAGUAUUUAAUAAUAAUUAUGAAACGACAACCAUUAUAUUAUUAUCUAAAGUGUCGUAAUUUAUACUUUUUUAAAGAGAUAUUAUACUAUAGUAUAAUGUUUUUGAUAUUUUAAGUACCUAUUUUAAUUUUUUUUUUUUUUUACUUAUGUUUUAAGAGAAAUUACUCAUUUAAACUUAUCUAAUUUUAUGGUAUAUUAUGUAUACAGUUAAUUAAUAUUUAAAUUCAUAGGCUUUUAUAAUACGGCAUGUUUUUGACACGAGUAUACAGCGAGUUGCCAUAUAGAAAUAUUAUUCAUGUCUGUAAAAUAUUAUCCGUCCAUUUAUUAUUAUUAUUAUUAUUAUUUUGUAUUUUAUUAUUAACCAGUAUAAUAAUAUAUACGAACAUGUUCCUUCGGUCGACCGUUUACAUUGGUUCGUGUGUUGGACACGCGAUCAUAUUAUAAGCUUCAUUAGUUUCGUUUACACGACUGUAUGUCAGUCGUACAACGGUCUCAUCAACGUAAACGCUCGUUAAAUCCAAAAUUAUAUCUUUUAUACUUGUUUGUAAUUAUUAUAACAUUUUUGUAGUUGUGCUCAAGAAUUUUAUAUUUUAAUAUAUUAUUAUUUUAUAAGUGAUGUGAUUUGUUUUAAAGCUUGAUACACUGAUGUAUUAACAUUUAUAUGUAUAUAUUAUAUGUAUAAUCAUAAAAUAAUACAUAUUAAUAUACUAUAUAGAACUACCAAUAUCAGUUAGAUUUUUCUAUAAAAUUAUACUCAAUAUUUAAAUUAAAUAGAUAUAUUCAAUAUUGUAUUAAUUGUAUGGUUAAAAAUAAAAUAAAUUUGAUUUACAUACUA